CCACAUAAUUACCUCAUUAAAAUAUACAUUCCAUUGGAUGUUAAUUAGUUUAAAGACGAUGUAUUUCAGGGAGAAAAUGCAGAGCAAACAAAUUAACAUACACAAACAAUUGGUGCAUAUUGAGUGCCCUUGUGCGGCUGUGCUAGUAGAAGAAGACGAAAAUUCAAUGGAAGAGAUUCAGCAUCCGAGCCAUAAAAAUCACCGAUUGAUUCUACGCGAAAUGUGGAAAAUUGACCGCGCCAACUGCGCUGCGUGUGAGCUCCCCGUCCGCGGCGAAGCCUACGAUUGUUUUACGUGCAAGUUUUGCUUACACGAGUGGUGUGCGAAGGAGUUGCCGCAAGAGAUCCAACAACACCCUCUUCACCCUUCUCACCCUCUCAAUUUGCUAUAUCAGUCGCCCUAUGAAGGAUCAGUAUUUGGAUGCAACGGCUGUAAAGAGAACUGCGGUGGCUUCGUCUACCACUGUGCAGACUGUCAGUUUGAUCUGGAUGUUGAAUGCGCUCUGGAUUGUCUCGAUAUUCUAUACAAUGAUGAUCAUAGUCACAGUAAGAAUAAGACGAAGAAGCAGAUCAUCAAUCACGAUAGCCACGAUCAUCCGCUGACAGAAUCUCAAAUUUGGAAGAGCGGCCAUGAUAAUGUUCUAUGCAGUGGAUGCGGAUUGUGUAUAGACUCUGCUGAAGCCUACAGUUGCAGCCUAUGUGAUUUUAACCUUCAUAAAUCAUGUGCCGAAUUGCCAAACGAGAUCAACCUCCUCCAUUUUGAUGCUAACUUCGUCCUGGUCGUGAAGGAUUUCGUUGAAGUUUUGAAUACUGGUAGGCCUAUAAGCAAUGCCUGUAAAUGCGAUGUGGAUGGAUUCGUCUAUUUUAGAGAGUCAACUGGUACUAUGGUGGGUGUUGAUUGUGCUUUCUUAAAGCCAUCCUUAAAACUCGAUGAUCAGCUGCAUAAGCACCCUCUCACUUUCUUCGAAAAGAAAAUUGACGGAUUGAAGUGCAAUGCUUGUGGAGAUCGGUGCUUGGAACAGAUCUUUCGUUGCGUCAAGUGUGAUUUUAAUCUCCAUUUCACUUGUGCUCCAGUCUUGCAUACCAUCAAACACGAAUGUCACAUGGAUCCUCUCACACUCAAGAAAAUGGACAACGACGACGAAACAGAGGAAAACUACUGCGAUGCUUGUGAGACCACAAGAAUCCCAAAACGUCUGGUGUACUAUUGUGAACAAUGCGAUUUUGCUGCUCACAUUGAUUGCGUCUUAUCUGAGGUACAGUUUUUAACCCCCCACAGAACCAAUAAGACAAACACCUUGAGGGCUGCAAACUGGACUUUGCUCCGCUAGUGUUUCCCGAUCAAUUUGCGACGAUUAACUAUCUAGAAAUGUUCAGUUUUAUU